AUGAUCCGGUACUUCACUCCCGAAUGUCUCACAAACCAGAUCCCCCAAUUAAACCGCAAACCACUCCAGACCGAAAUCCAAAGUCGAUACGAAACCCAUCGCCGGGCUAGAAACGAACGGUUCAAGACUGCCCUCCUGAGCCGAGACUUCAAUGGAUGGCAAACCGACAAGAUUCUUCGCAAGUUGCACGCGCAGGAAACGGGAGAAAGUGGUUCUGGCGGACAAGAUGCCGUUGAUCCCCGACACAAUCUGAAUAUCUCGGCCUUGCCGCCGCAGCAUAUUCGCGAUUUGGUGGCCGAGAUCCAGGGGAAUAUCCGUGAUGUUGCGUCGACGAUGUGGUUCACCCCAGCAGACUAUCUCCACAUGACGACGCUGGAGAUAGCCCCCGAGCGAACUAAGGAGGAGAUCGAGAGCCUGGUGGCUCGGAUCCAAGGGACCGGCGCGCUUUCGGAGCUGACGGACUACGCUUUUCAUAAUCGGACGCGGUUGAUCAACCCGAUUAUCAGCUACGAUGCAUCCGCGAUGGCCUUGAGUUUCGUCACGGCGGCGGAUGACGAGUAUACCUAUCACCACCUGCGACGGGACCUCUGUAACCGUGUGAUGGCAACAAGCGUCUCUCCGGCCUUCAGAUAUGUAGUUCCCUCGGCGCAUAUCACCAUUUCGAGAUUUAUUACCCAGGAGGGGUUUCUAAGGGAAGGAUCGGGGACGGGGGUGGAACGACGUGUUGAUGGGGGACGUGUAGCGGACUUGGUGGAGAGGAUCGAGCAGAUCAAUGAGAGACUGCGGGAAACAUAUUGGUCGUGCGAGAAGGAUGGACAUGCUCCGACGAAGGGGGACUGGGUCGUUGGACAAGAAAUAGGGCUGGUGUUUAAGAAGGGAACGUCGUGGUAUGGGGGAGGAGAGAGGGUGUUUGAAGGGAAGGGUCGAGGACUAGCGAGCCCUGUGAUGCCUGGGGCACUAACAGGCAGUCUUGGCGCGGUGCACCAGAUCGGGUUAGCGCCCACCGAAAUAGGGUCUAAGCGAACGAAAUCCCACAACCCACGGCCAGCCGACUCGCUCUUCCCCGACAAGAGACAUCCAUCGACCAGCACCUUCCGCGAUCCGGCCAAGUCAGUCAAAAUGGUCAACGUUCCGAAAACCCGCCGGACGUACUGCAAGUCCAAGGACUGCCACAAGCACCAGCAGCACAAGGUUACCCAGUACAAGGCUGGCAAGGCCUCGCUGUCCGCCCAGGGUAAGCGUCGUUACGACCGGAAGCAGAGCGGUUACGGUGGUCAGACCAAGCCCGUCUUCCACAAGAAGGCCAAGACCACCAAGAAGAUCGUCUUGCGUCUGGAGUGCACUGCCUGCAAGGCCAAGAAGCAGCUCUCUCUGAAGCGUUGCAAGCACUUCGAGCUCGGUGGCGACAAGAAGACCAAGGGUGCUGCUCUUGUUUUCUAA